CAUCCGAGGUGUAGAAAUCGCGGCGUCGACACCUCGGCGAGAGCGGAGCCUUGUAAUUUGCAAAUUUUGGUUGGUGGCAGCGAUGGUGGCAGGGAAGAGAUUAGAAGUGUGGCGGAUGCGUGGGCUUGUGAAGUAUGCCGAAUCGGAGCUCCUGCAGCGGCAGCUUGUGGAGCGGAGACGGCAGGGAAGCGCUGAUGUGCUUCUCUCGUUGCAGCACCCACCUACAUUCACAGUAGGCAAACGUCGCACGCUCCACAAUUUGCUAGCGUCGCCUGCGGAGCUGAAGGCCAUUGGAGCGGAGGUGCACAUCACCGAGAGAGGGGGUGACAUCACUUACCACGGCCCUGGGCAGGCGGUACUCUACCCGAUACUAGGAUUACGAGAGUUGCGAGUCGGGGUGCGGGCUUUUGUUGAACGAUUGGAGGAUGUGAUGGUGGAUGUGUGCAAAUUUCAUGGGGUGAAUGCUCGCGGGAGGAUGGACAAGGAGACGGGGGUUUGGGUGGAAGGUUUGCGGAAGAUUGGCGCUAUUGGUGUUAAGGUUUCCUCUGGUAGCAUUACCUCCCAUGGACUAGCGUUCAAUAUCAAUCCCGAUUUGGUUUACUUCGAUCACAUAGUGCCGUGCGGUAUUCGGGAUAAGGAGGUGACUUCGCUGAGGAAAGAGAUUUCUCCCGUGGUACCGGAUGCCGAGGAGGUGACGGAGCAGCUGAUUCAGAGCUUGGCCAAGCAAUUUGGAUUUGAAGCGGUCGUUGAUAUGGAGCCCUUAUAGUUCAUGGCCAUGUUCAUCAAGUGCUUCUCGAUUAUCCUAAUGGCAGUUCGGAUUGCUUCGAAUGCGAAUUGAUGUUGCACUGUAACGUUUUUUCCGAAGAUUUGAAUGUUGUAGACUAGAACGAGAACAGAACUACAAAGCAACUAAACGGAAAUUCGCUGUCAGCUCAAGUUCUAAAAUUCUAGCUGUGUAGCUUUUUUAAAAGGAUUUUGUAGUUAUGCGUAUGAUGGACAUGAGACGAACAAUCAUAUUAAUCCCGUCUUCUGUUGUUGCAAAUGUUUGGAAUGACUAAAUUGCUGCAGUAAUGGAGUGAGUAAGGAGCUA